UCCAGGUUUCUUUGUACGUUAUACAUGUAAACUGUCUGUUCCAUUGGGAGGUUCAGUGGUUUUGCCCUGUCAUUCUGACAAACACUUAAUAAAGAAAUCUUUGAAGGUGGAAUGGAGAAGAACAGACUCAGAGACUUUAGUUCAUCUGUAUGAAGAUGGUGAGAGUCGAGCAGAAGCCCAGCAUCAGGAUUAUCAUGACAGAGCUCAUUUCUUUGCUGAAGAGAUUCAACGUGGAAACUUCUCUCUCCGGCUGGACAAUCUGAGAGCUGAAGAUGAGGGACAAUAUACAUGUACAGUUUACAGUGACCAAAGAUGCGUAUUUUCAGCUAAGACAGAGGUGGUGAAAAAAUUCAACGUUAAAUGUUCUCGACACACACUUGCUCCUCUGGGAUCUUCAGUGGUUUUGCCCUGUUAUGUUGGUAAACCCUUACCAAUGAAUAGUCUGAAGGUGGAAUGGAGAAGAACAGGCUCAGAUGCAGACUCUGAUUCAGAUCCAGAGACAAACUCAGGGACUCUGGUUCAUCUGUAUGAAAAUGGUGAGAGUCGAGCAGAAGCCCAGCAGCAGGAUUAUCAGGAUAGAGCUCAUUUCUUUACUGAGGAGAUUCAACAUGGAAACUUCUCCCUCCGUCUGGACAAUCUGACAGCUGAAGAUGAAGGAGAAUACACAUGUACAGUUUACAGUGAACAGAGAUUUGUGUUUUCAGUCAAGGCAAGAUUGAUACUGAGACUGCUAGACACAGUCUUCCGUCUUCAGAUGUUUCUCGUUUUCUGUCCAAAUAUUCUGAUGUUUCUUGCUUUUGUCCUCUGGGGUGUUUCUGAAGGGUCUCUGUAUGAGACGGUCUCUUGUUGUGCUCUUUAUUGUCUGAGGCCUCUCAUGUUGCUCUGGACGGCUCCGUAUGUGAAUGAGUUCCCAGGCAAGAUAAAAGCAUGGAUUAAAAAUUACAGUUACGAGGCAGAAUAUGUUUUUUUCUCUGCUGUUUUUUAUUCAGUUCUGAUUAAGUCUGCCUGGGACAAAAGUCUGAAUUACACUGGAUUUGAAGGUGUCAUAAUUAUCAUCCUCUUUGUGAUUGUGACUCUGUUCAGCCUCUUCUUUAUUAUUUUCUGUAAGUAUCUCUUUCCAUCAAGAGUCAGUGACAUGAAUGUGCUGUGAAAUCAUGACUUUGAUUAUGUUUGGUAAAGACACAACAUAUAAAAACAUGAUAUCAGACCUGAUUUAUCAGUUCAUUGAACCAU